UUCAUGUGUAAUAUACUUCAUAAUAUAUACACGCACGCAAAAUACAUAAGCAUCGACACAUAUGAAGAAAUACAUAUAUCAACAUGGCUGACCUAGAUUUCAUAAAACCCAAAAUUACGACUUUUUUUAAGCAUCAAAUUAUCUCGUACCAAUAACUCCCAACUUUUUAUUCCACCACGUAAUAAGUCAAUUUACCUUAUUAACCAGGUGUUAAAGCUCACCGAAGAAGAUUUAUGCCAAAGUAACAUUAAAUGAUCAAGGUCACCUAGUUUCUAUGUCAAGAGCCCACGCAAAAAAAAAAAAAAAAAAAAAAAAAAAAAAAAAAAGUCAGAUUUAUUUAAAAGGAAGAGAUUAAAACUUGGCUGCCACACUAUCGUCAUUUACUUCCCCAAGAGAAGUGUCGUGUUACGGUUGACAGAACCUGAACCACUACGAGAGAUGGGGUGCCCUCACGUCGUUGUAACUGCCUCGUUACUAUUACUCUCCGUGACUGCUGUUAGUGCUUCGCGAAACAAGCAGGCCGUUGUCGAGUACGAUAACGGAAAUAUUGGUCAGUACAAUGAGACCGUUAUUCUCAGAGGCAAGGUAGUUCAGCGCAACAACCAUUUUUCGAAAUGUUUAGAGGAUUUUAAGAAAAAGAGGUCAGCAGUAAUUUACAACAGUGCCAACAACACGUGCAUUAUCUUGCCAACGCUUGUCACGCUGAAACACGAGCGGGAGGUAGUGAAGACUGGCCUCGAUCCGGGACCUUACCGUAGAGUCAGUCUCCAAGCCGACAGUUACGCCAAAAAAACGAGGAAUUUGAAAAAGCGACUGGGUAAAAAUAUAAUGAAAUUCUGCAAAGGAAAGAAAUUACUUCUGACUCAUUUUGAGGAAGUUAAAAAAAAUGUUGAAGAGACCAACGUCGACGAGGACACCAUUAUUAGCAAAGAAAAUCCCCGAGGUUCUCUCCCCCCGAAGCCAAGGAUUCUCUUCGGCAUCAUUUUGAGUGGGUCUGUGACAGGCACACUGACCGUCACUUCGAACAUUGACAUUGACAUCAGUAUUGGCUCGUCAUCUGGGUCUACCGGAACCUCAACCACUAAUACCAAUACAAAUACUAAUACCAAUAACAACAAUAAUAAUAACAAUAACAAUAAUGGUGGUAGCAGUAGUAGUAGUUCUUCUGGGAAUAACAAUAACAAUUAUAAUAAUAACAAUAAUAACAAUAAUAACAACAACAAUAACAACAAUAAUAACAAUAACAAUAACAAUGGUUAACUUUAAAAAGAAAGAAAUUCUGCAAUUUUCUAAUCAAGAAAGUAUUGAUGAGAUUAGACAUUGCUUUGAAAUCCAAAAAUUAAUUGAUAUGUGUAUUUUUAUUACCACCUUUAUGAAUGUAUAAUUACUAACCAUCUUAUUUAAAUUGGAUGCUUACACUCAGACCUGUAAGAAUUAUGAUGAUGUAAUAUUAUACAUAUUAAUUGGAUGAAUGGAUUAUUAAA